CGCGGGCCAGGACAAAUGCGAGCUCCACCUCCCGCGCUCGCGGCCACGCCCCGGCUCCUCCUCCUCCUCCUCCGGCUCUUCCCGGGGUGCGGGCCUCGGAUCCUAAUUGUGGCCUCGGGAGCGGAAGCCAUGAGACCUGCUGGCCCGCGGGCGCCCCAGGCGCUGGCGCUACUGCUGCUGCUGGCCGGCGCGGGGCUGUCUGCGGCCGCCGAGCCCCCAGCCCCGCCGCUCUUCAACUUGAGCUUGGACGUGGCCCCGAACCUGCGCUGGCUGCCGGUGCUGCGGCACUACGACCGGGACUUCUUGCGCGCCGCGAUGAGGAGUAUCAUCGGGGAUAAGGUCCCCAAGUGGGUCCACAAGGUGAUCCGAAAGACAGAGGGGGAGCUGGAACACUUCCUGCCGCAGCCCUUCUUCGGAGAGAUCCAGGGUAUGAGCGACUUCCUGAACUUCAGCCUGACCGACUGCCUCCUGGUGAACCUGGCCUACGAGUCCACCGCAUUCUGCACCAGUAUUGUGGCUCAGGAUUCCAGUGGCCACAUUUACCAUGGCCGAAAUCUAGACUAUCCCUUCGGGAACCUCCUACGCAAGAUGACUAUGGAUGUGCAGUUUCUAAAGAAUGGGCAGGUUGCAUUCACAGGAACCACUUUUAUUGGCUAUGUAGGAUUAUGGACUGGUCAGAGUCCGCACAAGUUUACAAUUUCUGGCGAUGAACGAGAUAAAGGCUGGUGGUGGGAGAACAUGAUUGCUGCCCUUUUUCAGAAGCACUCACCAAUCAGCUGGCUUGUCCGCACUACCCUGACUGAAGCAGAAAACUUUGAAGCAGCUGUCGACAAAUUGGCCAAAACUCCCCUUAUCGCUGAUGUCUACUACAUCGUUGGGGGUGUGUCCUCUAAGGAAGGAGUGGUCAUCACUAGGAACAGGGGUGGCCCAGCAGACAUUUGGCCCCUAGAUCCUUUAAAUGGAGCGUGGUUCCGAGUUGAAACGAAUUAUGACCACUGGGAGCCACCACCUCGGGAAGAUGACCGAAGAACACCUGCUAUCAAAGCCCUUAAUGCCACGGGGCAGGCGAACCUCAGCCUCAAGGCCCUUUUCCAGGUUUUGUCAGUGGUUCCAGUUUGCAACAAUUUAAAAAAGUUAUAUAAAUUUUAAAUCUAUCUAUAAAAAUUAUUGUUACAAUAAAAUAGUUAUGUUUAUUUUAAUAAAACAUUUUUAUGUUCAUGAACAACCCUUAUCAUGUAAGUUUGCUGUAUCGAGGCUAAGUGAAUAAUUGAAUUACAUAUUGUCCAGCUGCUUGUUUUUCCAAGUUAAAAUUCUGAAAUAAACAUAUUGUACAUUUCUUUCAUUGCUUUUGGAUGAUUCCCUUAGCUGAAGUCGCAGAAGUAGGAUGACUGUGAGAAAAGUUAGGAAUGUUAAAUGGCAUCUAAUGUGUUUUGUCAAAAUAAAAUCGUUGAAAAUUACAGUUUACCAAAUAGCACUUUCCUCUAUCGUAAAACCUCUUCUAAUGUAUAAUUGAAAAUGCAGGCAAAACUGCACUUAAAUAACAAUCAUCACUGAGUCAGAAUUAACAGACCUGAAUCUCAGGAUGGUUAAAUACAGUGAUUACCUUCAACUGGGGCAGUUUGUGAUGCGACACGUUAGCUGUUUGCUGCCCCCUUGUGCUGUGCUACAGAAUUACACUCACGUGCAAUUCAGAGCGAUAUGCAGAGAAAAUAAUGAUGGAGAGUAGAAUUCUGACUGAAGUAAAUAAGCGGGGCCAGUUCAUAGAAACCCCAGUACUGCUGGAUGAGUUCUGCCUAUGCUCAUCGUGCUGAGUCCAUGUGCUUGGCUCAGUUGUGGGGCCCAGGGCCACUAAUUCAACAACAAUGCAGCUUCUGAUGCUUUGAGCAAGCACUCCAACUGGUGCUGAACAUGAGGUAGCUGGAAGUAGCUGAAGCAAGGCGAAGGGAAGGAGACUCUGUGUGUGCACCUGUGUGUGCACUUGCGCUCAAGUUCUUUAGGCCUCUUGCUCUGCAUAAAGCUGAAUACGGUGCUUCUCAUCCUUAGCUGAGUAGGUGAGUUCCCUGUCUUAACCUCUGCCCUUUCGAGCUCCACUCUAACCCUCCCUUGUUACAGGCAGUGCUUUGGGCCAGAGGCGUUUGCCCACCCAGAGUCUGGCCCAGGGGCCCAGGCCUCUGGAAUUCUCAGCCUGAAUGUGCCAAGUCCAUUUCUAGGACCUGUGUUGGCCACAUCCCUGGCUGAUCUGUGCAGGCUGGACUCAGCCUGGUGGGUGGUAUGGGGAUGGCUGUUUGCUGGGUGUCGGGGACUGAGCCCACAAGGCUGAGGUGCCCAUCGGUAUCCCUCAGUGCUACAGCAUGGCACUCGGAGGAGUCUGUGAAGUUUGAAUUUGAACUUGGUCUUUUACAUUGUUGUCAAAAUAGGAGGAAAGAGUGCUUUUGCUGUGUGAUCAAUUGGUUUAUAAAUGUUAAGUAUUCUGACAGGUGGGGAGCCAACUAUAUUUCCAUCCUAGGUCACAUGUAGGAGGGAAGGCUUGGUAUUUUCCCUCUUUGGAAUUUAGGGAAAUGGUGUGUAUAUAAAAGUUCCUCUCAUUAU